GGUCCUCAGACUUCCCUGCAGCGGAGGAGGGAAGGGGUUAACUGCUUCCUAAGUCACCAGGGACCCCAAGGGGCCCAGUCCAUGGAGCCAGAAGCCUGAGCAGUAGGACUCCAGGAGGAAGAGGCUCUUUCCGUGCCCUGGCUUGGGGUGUCUGGAAUGUGGGCGCCUCAGACCUAGGAUUUGCUGUCCCAAUGGAACUCAGUCUGUGGUAGGGACUGUGCUGAGCCCCAGACAAGGUGUCCCCACCUGUCCCAUUGCUGUGUCAGCUUAGAUAGGUGGGGACACCUCCCAGGGCCACAGAGGUCCUAAGUAACAGGUGAGAGCCAGGGCCCACCCAGGCGCUCUCUGUCAUGUCCCCCUGGCCAUGUAGGGGAUGCUGCUGCCAGCAGGUUGGCUGGCCCCAGUCACUGGCCGCAGGCUUUUCCUGACCCUCAUACAAAGAGCAUUGGGAUUUUCCCAGCUGGGAGCUUGUGGCUCCGAGUUCAGCAUAUGGCUGGAGGUUACACAGGAGCAGGACAGAGCACAGGCUGCCUUCUCUGGGCCACGAUGCAUCUCUUGCACCUGUUCCUGCCCUCUUUUCCCCUCCAUCCAGGCACAGAGCCCUUGGCCUAAACAGGGAAGAGCCCCCGCUGGCCAGAGCUGAAGCUUCCAGAACCACACUUAGGGAUUCUCAGCUCUGGGCUGGCAGCGGAGAGAGCCUCAGGCUUCUCUGCCAAGGCCAGUUUCUGACUCAAGGACAAAACCCUGUGAGUUUCUCUGCUGGCUUCAGGGCCUCGAAAAGUGAGGCUGCGGAGAACACUCCCUCCUUCCCGAGGAAGACUCGAGGCCCGCUGGGAGGGCGUUUCCUGGCUGGGGAGGGGAAGGCACUUCACACAAUCUGCAUAGUGGUGCGCCCUCCCCCCACACAGGCUCCCGCUGCCUUCCCACCACACCCGUUCUGAGUGCCGCAGAGGCACAGCUUCUUUGCAUUUCCAAGAGAGAUGGGGGAAGGGCCUUGUUCAAGGUCACUGUGGGUUCAUUCAGGGAGGAGGAGGAGGGGAGAGCACAGGCCGCCCCGCUUCCAUUUAAAGCUCCAAAGGAGUCCACAUUCCCUCCCAUCUGGGUGGGACCGCAGGUUGGGGCCACAGCAGACCAAGGGCAGGCCCAAAGCAGGCCAGAGGAGCCCCACAUUCACUUUGAGCUGGCACCUUCCCCUCAAUAGCCCAAUGGGAGAUGAGAGCACCUAGCAGGGCUCCCCAAGGGAGGGCACAAAGAUGGAGCCAGCCUGACACAGAGGGGCAGAGGUAACAAUGGAUGCCUCAGCGAGUUGGCCCAGGGUCAUGGGCAUCGAGGGCCAGCAAGAAGCUGCCAAGAGCUGGAGGAAACCAAAGCAAAGAAACUGGUGCCCCUAUCCGAUGUCCAAGCUGGUCACCUUACUAGCUGUUUGCAAAACAGAGAAAUUUCUCGUCCACUCGCAGCAGCCGUGUCCACAGGGGGCUCCAGACUGCCAGAGAGUCAAAGUCAUGUACCGCAUGGCCCACAAGCCAGUGUACCAGGUCAAGCAGAAGGUGUUGACCUCCUUGGCCUGGAGGUGCUGCCCUGGCUACACAGGCCCCAACUGCGAGCACCACGAUUCCAUGGCAAUCCCUGAGCCUGCAGAUCCUGGUGACAGCCACCAGGAACCUGGGGAUGGACCAAUCAACUUCCAACCUGGCCACCUGGCUGCAGUGAUCAGUGAGGUUGAGGUGCAACAGAAACAGCAGGAACGCCUGCUGGCAGAUCUCCAGAAUGAUGUGCACCAGGUGGCGGACAGCCUGCCAGGCCUGUGGAAGGCCCUGCCUGGUAACCUCACAGCUGCAACGAUGGAAGCAAAUCAAACAGAGCACAAGUUUCCCGAUGGAUCCUUGGAGCAGGUGCUGCUACCCCAUAUGGACACCUUCCUUCACGUGCAUUUCAGCCCCAUCUGGAGGAGCUUUAAUGAAAGCCUGCACAGCCUUGCCCAGGCCAUAAGAAACCUGUCUCUUGAUGUGGAGGCCAAUCGCCAGGCCAUCUCAAGAGUCCAGGACAGUGCUAUGGUCAGGGCUGACUUCCAGGAGCUUGGUGCCAAAUUUGAGGCCAAAGUCCAGGAGAAUGCUCAGAGAGUCAGUCAGCUGCAGCAGGACAUGGAGGACCGCCUGCAUGCCCAGCACCUUACCCUGCACCACUCAGUCUCAGAGCUCCAGGUCGAUGUGGACACCAAAUUGAAGAGGCUGCACAAGGCCCAGGAGGCCCGAGGGACCAACGGCAGCCUGGUGGUGGCAACGCCCUGGGCUGGGGCAAAGCCUGAGCCGGAGAGCCUGCAGGCCAGGCUGGGCCAGCUGCAGAGGAACCUCUCAGAGCUGCACAUGACCACGGCUCUCAGGGAGAAGGAGUUCCAGAACACCCUGGAGGACAUGAGGGCCACCCUGACCCAGCACGGGGAUGAGAUCAAGGAACUGUACUCUGAAUCGGACGAGACCUUUGAUCAGAUCAACAAGGUGGAGCGGCAGGUGGAGGAGCUGCAGGUGAACCACACGGCGCUCCGUGAGCUGCGGGUGAUCCUGAUGGAGAAGUCUCUGAUCAUGGAGGAGAACAAGGAGGAGGUGGAGCGGCAGCUCCUGGAGCUCAACCUCACGCUGCAGCACCUGCAGGGUGGCCACGCCGACCUCAUCAAGUAUGUGAAGGAUUGCAACUGCCAUAAGCUCUACUUAGACCUGGACAUCAUCCGGGAGGGCCAGAGGGGCGCCACGCACGCCCUGGAGGAGACCCAGGUGAGCCUGGACGAGCAGCGCCAGCUGGACGGCCCCUCCCUGCAAGCCCUGCAGAGCACCGUGGACGCUGUGUCACUGGCUAUGGAUACGCACAAAGCGGAGGGCGAGCGGGCGCGGGCGGCCACGGCGCGGCUCCGGAGCCAGGUGCAGGCGCUGGACGACGAGAUGGGCGCGCUGAAGGCGGCUGCGGCCGAGACCCGCCACGAGGUGCGCCAGCUGCACAGCGCCUUCGCCGCCCUGCUGGAGGACGCGCUGCGGCACGAGGCGGUGCUGGCCGCGCUCUUCGGGGAAGAGGUGAUGGAGGAGAUGUCUGAGGAGGCCCCAGGGCCACUGCCCCUGAGCUACGAGCAGAUCCGCGUGGCUCUACAGGACGCCGCCAUCGGGCUGCAGGAGCAGGCGCUUGGCUGGGAUGUGCUGGCCGCCCGGGUGGCGGCCCUGGAGCAGGCCUUGGAGCUCCCGCGGCCGGUAGAGCGCCUGGAGCCCAGCCACGACCUGGGCCGCGAAGAGGCCGCCACCACCACCCUGGCCGGCCUGGCUCGGGAGCUCCAGAGCCUGAGCCGUGAAGUUCAGCGUGUCGCGGGGUGCUGCGAGGCCACGGCCGAAGCCGGGGCCGUCUCCUUCAACGCCUCCCUCGACGGCCUCCACAGCACACUCUCCGCCACCCGGCGCAGCUUGGAGCAGCACCAGCAGCUCUUCCACAGCCUCUUUGGGAAUUUCCAAGGGCUCAUGGCAGCCAACGUCAGCCUGGACCUGGGGAAGCUGCAGACCAUACUGAGCAGGAAAGAAAAGAAGCAGCAGAAAGGUCUGGAAGCUCCCCGGAAGAGAGACAAGAAGGAAGCGGAGCCUUUGGUGGACGGGCGCAUCACAGGGCCUGUGCCAGGUGCCUUGGGCACGGCACUCUGGGAGGCAGGGUCCCCUGUGGCCUUCUAUGCCAGCUUUUCAGGAGGGACGGCUGCCCUGCAGAUGGUAAAGUUCAACACUACGUACAUCAACGUUGGCAGCAGCUACUUCCCUGAACAUGGCUACUUCCGAGCCCCUGAGCAUGGUGUCUACCUGUUUGCAGCGAGCAUUGAAUUUGGCCCAGGGCCAGGCACCGGGCAGCUGGUAUUUGGAGGUCACCAUCGGACUCCAGUCCAUACCACUGGGCAUGGGGGUGGAAGCACAGCAACUGUCUUUGCUAUGGCUGAGCUGCAGAAGGGUGAGCGAGUGUGGUUUGAGUUAACCCAGGGAUCGAUAACAAAGAGAAGCCUGCCGGGCACUGUAUUUGGGGGCUUCCUGAUAUUUAAGACCUGAACCGCAGCCCCACUCUGAUCUGACAUCAUGGACUUGCCCAGCUUUCUCCUUAGCCUGGGGCUCUAGCCAAGGAUGGACUGGAGAUCAUUUAGCUGGUCUGUCUCUUCCCUGGGAACCUCCUGCAAAGACAGUGUGGUGUAUGUGGCCUCCCUCCAGCUGCACGGAACUUAGCCAUUUCUCCACGAUGAGAACUGGAAUGCUUCCCCAGGCAGGACGUGGUCCUAGGAAGCCUGAGCCUUGGCUUGGCCUGCCUUCUCAGCACACCGUGGGCGCCUUCUCAGCACACCGUGGGCGCCGGCUCUUUGCCACACCCUGUAUUCUACAACCUCUUUGGUGUUUUGCUCCUCCUGUGGUUGGAAACUUCUGUACAACAUUUUAAACCUUUCUCUUGCUUCCUCUUCUCUUCUCCCUAAUCGUAUGAUAGAAAGUCAUUUUUUCCCAGGAGGAAUGUUUAAAAUGAAGGUGACAUUUGGCCAACAUUGGAAAGCACUAGAGGGCAGUGGGAUUAAACCAAACUGUUUGGUCUCUAUUGGUCAGUCAUGAAGACAAAAGCCUGGCCAACCAAGGGAAAGAAAAUUAGUAUCUUUAGUAUCAGUCAUUCCUUGUAUGAUAUGGCUUGGCUGUGUCCCCACCCAAAGUAUCAUCUUGAAUUGUAACCCCCAUAAUCCCCCCAUGUCAAGGGAGAGGCCAGGUGGGAGUAACUGGAUCAUGGGGGCAGUUCCCCCAUGCUGUUCUCAUGACAGUGAGUUCUCAUGAGAUCUGAUGGUUUUAUAAGCGUUUGGUAGUUCCCUCUGUGCUCAUUCUCCUUCCUGCCACCUUGUGAAGAAGGUGUCUUGCUUCCUCUUCACCUUCUGCUAUGAUUGUAAAUUUCCUGAGGCCUCCUUGGCCAUGAGGAACUAUGAGUCAGUUAAACCUCUUUCCUUUAUAAAUUACCCAGUCUCGGGCAGUUCUUUAUAGCAGUGUGAAAAAGGACGAAUACACUGGUAUUUAUCUGUAAUUUUAA